GCUGUUCACACCGCCAGUAAGUUUAACUCUACACAGUAUUUUCCCCUCCCUCCGCUCUUCAUUGGGAAUAUCUUUCACAGCCUUGUCUGGUAUUUAACCCUGAAGCUGAGCCAUACAGCCCCACUUUACCUCUCUAGGCAUUUUGUCUAUCGUCCGACGUAGUUUGCUCUGAGCAGUUUACUUCCGGCCAACCCCUCCAAGAGAGCCUCGACCCCACCAAACAUUCCACGCAUUUGCUUUACUCUGUACCUGUCUUUUUACUCGCAGGCUCUACUACAGUAACCUUGAAAUCUUUGCUACCUACCACCUCGUCCUUCCCGAAUUUGGGACGCGUCAAAGAGCCGUGCAAAAAGGCCGUGUCGCCAGCUUCUGGAGCGGAAUGUCAGUAUCAAUACAGGAGUUGGACAAUACUGUCCGAGCCUUUUAUGAAGGCAAAGGAGACCUGCAAAAACAAGCCCAGCAGACAUUGACAGAAUUUAAGCAAAAUCCAGACGCCUGGUUAAUCGUAGGAAAUAUUCUCCAAGAGUCAUCGUAUCCACAAACCAAAUAUCUCGCUCUCCAAGUUCUCGACGAUGUAAUUAUGACCCGAUGGAAGGUUUUACCGAGAGAACAAUGCCUAGGUAUCCGGAAUUUCAUUGUCAACUUUAUCAUCGAAAAUUCUAGCUCGGAAGAAAAAUUAAGGAGCGAGCGAGCGUUCUUGAACAAACUUAACCUCGUUCUUGUUUCUAUAUUGAAACAAGAAUGGCCACACAAUUGGCCAACUUUUAUCAAUGAAAUCAUCUCAUCCUGCCAUACAAGCCUAUCCAUUUGCGAGAAUAAUAUGGCGAUCCUUCGCUUAUUAUCGGAGGAAGUCUUCGACUUCUCUCAAGACCAGAUGACUUCUGUAAAAGCAAGGAACCUCAAGACAUCCAUGACACAGGAGUUUUCCUCAAUCUUUCAGCUGUGCUCCGAAGUGCUCAACACCGCAAAUCAACCGAGCCUGAUCAAAGCCACACUGGAAACUCUCCUACGCUUUUUGAACUGGAUUCCGCUGGGGUAUAUCUUUGAGACACCUAUCAUAAAUACCCUCCUGACUCGAUUUUUGGACGUCCCCGAGUUCCGCAAUGUAACCCUCAAGUGUCUCACUGAGAUUGGCGGGUUGCAAAUUGGCAACCCCUAUAAUUACGACGAGAGAUUGGUACACAUGUUCACAGAGACACUGACGAUCGUUUCCAAGAUAAUUCCGUUGUCGAUGGAUUUGAAACAGACAUAUUCUAAGAGUAACUCGAGGGAUCAAGAGUUCGUGCUCAAUCUCGCGCUCUUUCUUUCCAGUUUCUUCAGCGCUCAUCUCAAUCUUAUUGAGAAGCUGCCCAAUCGCGAUUACCUCACUCAUGCGCACUUUUAUCUCAUUCGCAUCAGUCAGAUUGAUGAUAGGGAGGUUUUCAAGAUCUGCCUUGAGUAUUGGACGCGGCUCGUGCAAGAGCUCUAUGAGGAGAUGCAGCAACUUCCAAUCACCGAUAUCAACCCUCUGGUGAGCAUGGGCGUCAGUGGCUUAUCAAAUGGCGGUGCACCGCAUCCCAGUACUCUGGCCAAUUACCCUCUUCGCAAGCACAAGUAUGAAGAAGUUCUGUCAAGUUUGCGUACAGUUAUGAUAGAGAAAAUGGUGCGCCCAGAGGAGGUCUUGAUUGUGGAAAAUGACGAAGGCGAGAUAGUUCGCGAGUUCGUCAAAGAGAGCGACACAAUUCAGCUGUACAAGACAAUUCGGGAGUGUUUGGUUUAUCUUACACAUCUCGACGUUGUUGAUACGGAGAACAUCAUGAUCGAGAAGUUGGCUAAACAGGUUGAUGGAUCCGAAUGGUCAUGGGCCAAUUGCAAUACCCUUUGCUGGGCCAUUGGGUCAAUCUCUGGAGCCAUGAACGAAGAAACUGAGAAGCGCUUUCUUGUCACUGUUAUCAAAGAUUUACUGGGGCUGACGGAAAUGAAACGCGGGAAAGACAACAAAGCUGUUGUAGCCAGUAACAUUAUGUACAUUGUGGGGCAAUAUCCUCGCUUUUUGAAGGCUCAUUGGAAGUUCUUGAAGACAGUUGUCAACAAACUGUUCGAAUUUAUGCAUGAGACGCAUGAAGGUGUUCAGGAUAUGGCUUGCGACACCUUUAUAAAGAUUGCUAACAAAUGCAGACGCCAUUUUGUUGCCCUUCAGCCUGGAGAAAACGAACCAUUCAUUGAGGAAAUCGUUCGAAACAUGAGGAAAAUUACUUGUGACCUGUCACCGCAGCAGAUCCAUACUUUUUACGAAGCAUGUGGCUAUAUGAUCUCUGCACAGGGCCAAAAGGGUCUUCAAGAUCGACUGAUCGAGAACUUGAUGUCAUUGCCGAAUUCCGCCUGGGAUGCUAUUAUUGGCCAGGCGAACCAAAACCCAUCGAUCCUCCAAGACGGAGAAACCAUUAAGAUCAUUGGCAAUAUCAUGAAAACGAACGUUGCCGCCUGUUCUUCAAUCGGCACGUAUUUUUACUCUCAGCUAGGACGCAUUUAUCAUGACAUGUUAAAUAUGUUUCGAGCAUCCAGCCAGCUCAUUAGUGAUGCUGUUGUGCAUGAUGGAGAAAUUGCGACAAAAACACCCAAAGUCCGAGGCCUCAGAACAAUCAAAAAAGAAAUUCUCAAACUCAUCGAUACCUAUGUCCAGAAAGCGGACGAUUUGGAAAUGGUCAAUGCGAACAUGGUACCGCCUCUGCUCGAGGCUGUAUUAGUGGACUAUAAUCGUAACGUACCUGAUGCACGUGAAGCGGAGGUCUUGAAUGUCAUGACAACAAUCAUCCAUAAACUACAUAACUUGAUGGAAGACAAGGUUCCGCUAAUUAUGGAGAGCGUGUUCGAAUGCACUCUAGAAAUGAUUAACAAAGACUUUCACGAAUAUCCGGAGCACCGUGUCCAGUUCUUUAAGCUGCUCCAAGCAAUUAACUUAUAUUGCUUCCCUGCGCUACUCAAACUUGACGCUACGCAAUUCAAAUUCGUAAUCGACUCUUGCAUGUGGGCUAGUAAACACGACAACCGUGAGGUUGAGAACACGGGUCUUACCAUGUGCCUUGAGCUCAUGAACAACAUGGCCGAGACAGAUACUCAAACGUCAAAUAUCUUUUUCCGCCAAUUUUACAUUCCCAUUCUGCAAGACGUUUUCUUCGUGCUUACCGAUAGCGACCAUAAAGCCGGAUUUAAAUCUCAGGCGAUGCUCUUGUCGCGUAUGUUUUACUUUGUCGAAUCUGGAAAGGUGCAAGAUCCCAUUUACGCCCCGGAACAAGCGCCAUUGGGAACUUCGAAUAAGGAUUUUCUUCAAGAAUAUGUUGCCAACCUUCUGCAAAAUGCCUUCAAAAAUCUUCAGGAGAUCCAAAUCAAGCAGUUUGUUAUCGGGCUGUUUGCAUUCAACGAUGAUUUCAAUAAAUUUAAGACCCAUUUGCGGGACUUUCUGAUUUCGCUGAAGGAGUUCGCUGGGGACAACGCAGAGCUCUAUGCAGAAGAGAGAGAACAGGCCCUGCGAGAUGCCAAAGCUGCAGAGCGGGAUCGUGCAAUGAAGGUUGGUGGCCUUCUGAAGCCAUCUGAAAUGGACCAGGAGGAUGAGCUAUGACUAGACAAAGAAUUGCGUUCUGAGGUUUCUCUGCCUCCGUCCACCGAGACUCUGGAAUAUCCGAAUAAGUUAGGGACUUUGUCAGGGGGAGACCAGCUGGACGGCUGGACCUUAUACGGGCUUUGAUUAGGGUUGAGGUCUGUCUUGCCUUCUCGCUACAUUAAUGUGUUUCUUUUUAACCGUAGGCGUCGCCUUGCCUUCUCCUUGCCCACUUCUGUUCUAGUAUCUGGUUCUUAUGUGAAAUCAAUCUUGGAUCUCUAGCCGUUUAGUGACAGGUCAAUUUUUGAGCCACUUUAUGGUUAGUGGUUGCUAUUCUAUGCUGCUACGGCUAGGUUUCUCACCAUAUUGUAAACCAUUCGCUGCGCCUAUUUGUU